AUGGCAGAAUUCAGCACACAAGAUGCGGGUCCGAUACUCGCUGAUGAUCUCAUGCGAGAUAGAGCCAGGCAAUUUGUAGAGUUUCUCGAUGACGAUACACAAGCGGAUUACAACUAUCGCGAGAGUAUAAAACGUAUGUUGGAUAACGAACAAGUCAGACUUAUCGUCAAUCUGGAUGAUUUGAGAGAUUAUGAUAGGACAUAUGCAGACGGGUUACUCUUACAACCUACUUCGUACCUCCCAGCACUUGAUGCUGCUUUGCUACAAUUGGUUCAAGCUUUACAUGAUCCUCUGAAACACAAAAUUGCCGGGAAUGAAUAUUAUUGCGGACUGAGAGGAUCGUUUGGACAACAACACUGUAAUCCUCGGACACUUCGAAGUCACCAAAUAGGCAAAAUGGUCUCGCUCGAAGGGAUUGUCACUCGAUGCUCUCUGGUCCGACCUAAGAUGCUCAAGUCCAUUCACUACUGCACUGCUACGAACAAAUUCCAUUCUCGUUCAUACCACGACGCAACCAUCGUAGCCCCUUCGUCCACCAUGACAGGAUCUACCACUGUCAUACCCCAAGACGAUGGAGAGGGUAAUCCCUUGAUUAUGGAAUACGGUUUAUCGACUUUCAGAGAUCAUCAAACUAUAAACAUUCAAGAAAUGCCUGAACGUGCUCCUGCUGGUCAAUUACCAAGGGGAGUAGAGGUUGUUCUCGCUGAUGAUUUGGUGGAUUGUUGUAAACCUGGCGAUAGGAUUCAAUUAGUUGGAGUUUACAAAUCUUCCGGUGGUGGACAAGGUUCAAGAGGUUUCCAAACUGCCAUCAUUGCCAACAAUGUUAUACUCCUUUCCUCUAAACAAGGAGGAGGUAUUGCAUUAACACCUUUAACCGAUACCGAUAUUCGUAAUAUCAAUAAACUUUCCAAAAGACGUAACAUUUUCGAAUUACUUUCUCAAUCACUCGCUCCUUCCAUCUAUGGAUCUGAUUAUAUCAAACAAGCCGUUCUUUUACUUUUACUAGGAGGAGAAGAGAAGAAUCUAAAAAAUGGUGCUCAUAUUCGUGGUGAUAUAAACGUUUUAAUGGUCGGUGAUCCUUCAACCGCGAAAUCUCAAAUGUUACGUUUCGUACUCAACACCGCUCCGUUAGCCAUAGCAACAACUGGUCGUGGUAGUUCCGGAGUAGGUUUAACAGCGGCAGUAACUACAGAUAAAGAUACAGGUGAACGUCGAUUAGAAGCUGGUGCUAUGGUUUUAGCCGAUAGAGGUGUUGUUUGUAUCGACGAAUUUGAUAAAAUGUCAGAAGUCGAUAGAGUGGCAAUUCACGAAGUUAUGGAACAACAAACUGUUACAAUAGCAAAAGCAGGUAUACAUACUUCUUUAAACGCAAGAUGUAGUGUGAUAGCUGCUGCUAAUCCUAUUUAUGGACAAUACGACGUACAUAAAGAUCCUCAUCGAAAUAUCGCUUUACCAGAUUCUUUAUUAUCACGUUUCGACUUGUUGUUCGUUGUUACGGACGAUACGGAUGAACAAAGAGAUCGAAUGAUUUCAGAACACGUUUUAAGGAUGCAUAGGUAUCUUCAACCAGGUGUAGAAGAAGGUACUCCCGCAAUGGAAAAUCUGGAACAACAUUUAGAUGUGGGUGGAGAAGAACAAGAAAGUAGAGUGACGGAAACACCUGUUUUCGAGAAGUUUAAUCCUUUAUUACAUGGUGGUGUUACGACUAGUAGUGGAAGAGGAGUCAACAAAAGGAAAGAAGUUUUGAGUAUAGCUUUCGUUAAGAAAUAUAUUCAAUAUGCCAAAACUAGGUGUCAUCCAGUUUUGACUAAAGGUGCGGCGGAUUGGAUAGUUGGGGUUUAUUCAGGUUUGAGGAAUGAUGAUUUGGCAGGGAAUCAAAAGAGGACUUCUCCCCUCACAGCACGUACUCUGGAAACCUUGAUUCGUCUCGCUACAGCUCACGCUAAAACUCGUCUCUCCCCUAAAGUAGACGAAAGAGAUGCUAUGGCAGCAGAAGAAAUCCUUCGUUUCGCUCUGUUCAAAGAAGUCCUCAAAGCGGAAAGAAAGAAACGUCGAAAGCUCAAUACUGGUCUAGCUGGACCGGAGGAUGAAGAAGAUGAGACGGACGAAGAGGAAGAAAAUGAAGAUGUGACAAGGGCCAGGGCCAAGGAGAAGGAGAUUGAAGGUACACAAUCUCAAGGGAUUGGUGGUGCCGAUCAAUCAAGGAUGAGAGAAGAGAGACAGGCAAGGAGAGAUGGUGAGGGAGGAAAAGGAAAAGAGAAAGAGAAAGAGAUUGAAAGAGAUGAAGAUGAUGUUGAUAUGGAAGGUUUAGAGAAUAUCUUAGAUGGUGAACCUUCUGCCCCAGUAGAGAUCUCUCAAGAAAGACUCACACUCUUCCGUUCUCGUCUCGAUCAAGUAUUCUCUUCUUCACUCGGAGCGGAAGGUAUAGUAGAUCUGACCGAUCUAAUCCCUUUGAUAAACGAAGGAUUAUCGACUGAAGAAAUGUUCGGAACUUCGGAAUCUCGUGCGGCCGUGGGGAAAAUGCACGAUGCUAACGAAGUCAUGUUUGCCGAAGGUGUCGUUUAUCGAGUUUAG